AUGUCCAAAUCCCUUCUUCGAUCGGCUUCAGGCCGUUUGAUGUUGACAUCGCAUUCGACUUGGAUACAGCUGUAUCCGACGAGUUGUCCACAACACAUUUGUUUCUUUUCCUCCAAAGCCAGUCGACGGAAACAAGGCAGUACUAGAUCUAGUAGUAAGAAGAAGAAGAAGCCACAAGGCCAGGACACCACCAAGCAGAUCCAUCAUCCGACACCGAAAAAGCAACGCAAAGCACCCAAAGUGCGGUCCGGAAAGAUCUUUGUUCCGCCGGCUCUCUUGCUGCCCACGGCAUCUCCCUUUGCCUAUGUGGCCCGAGCGGCAGUACUACCCACGUCUACCGGUAUAGCAGAAGGAGAAGACAACAACGACGACGACGAGAAUCCAUUGGAACUGGCACGGACUCUGUUUGCGGACGAUCACCAAGAUCCAUUGGCGGACAUGACAUUUGAGUACUGCAGUCCACAAUCUUUUGGACAUGAAUUGCCCCGUGGCAACAUUCCCGAAGUGGCCUUUUUGGGACGAUCCAAUGUCGGAAAAUCCUCUCUCAUCAAUGCGGUCAUGAAACGAGACUUGGCACGUUGUAGCAAACAUCCGGGACGCACACAGCAACCGUACUACUAUGCGUUGCAACCGUCGUCACAACAAACGACAGCAGUGGUUGGAUUCUUGGUAGAUUUGCCGGGCUAUGGCUACGCCAAUGCCCCCGACAAACACGUCGACGAAUGGCAACAACAGACACAAGACUUUCUCCAAAGUCGACGCGACGCCGGGGCACUGCAGCGUCUCUUUUUGCUGGUGGAUGCCCGACGAGGUAUGCAUACGUCCACCAGUAAUAUCGAUUUGGCCGUCAUGCGAUGGAUGGACGAACAAUCCAUUCCCUACAGUGUCGUGAUUACCAAGGCCGACUGUGUCAACAAACCACAACAAAUCAAAGUCGCCAAUGAAGCUUGUAUCAGAUAUCAACAACAACAUCAAGAUGAACGAGAACAAGUUCUGGUCGAUGGAGUCCCGGAGGAGGACGUUGUUCCGUCGGGAUAUAUGGGACCCAUUGUCUACAUUACCAGUGCCAAAAAGAAGGAAGGAAUGAUCGAACUGAGAGCCGCCAUUGAAUCCGAGUUGUUUUGGGCAGAGGAAUGA